AUGGUUGGUUACAAUGAAGGUGGGGAGUUCAACAUGCCUGAUUAUGCACUCAAUGGAAGGAAACUCAGGCCUCUGAUGCCAAGGCCAGCGAGUUCUCCUAACAACACUUCAAACGCAAACACUCCAUGCUUGACCCGCAUUCAUCAUGGCAACGAUUUCUUUUCACAAUAUCACAAUCUGGCAUCAGUGGCAGAUCAGGGAAAGAGAGAGUUCAACCCUCCCCCAGUGGUGGUGAGUUCAAGGUGGAAUCCAACCCCGGAGCAGCUAAGGGCAUUGGAGGAAUUGUAUAGAAGAGGGACAAGAACACCAUCUGCAGAACAAAUCCAACAAAUCACGGCACAGCUUAGAAGGUUUGGAAAAAUUGAAGGGAAGAAUGUCUUCUAUUGGUUUCAAAAUCACAAAGCGAGAGAAAGACAGAAACGCCGCCGUCAAAUGGAGUCGGCUGCUGAGGGUCAUCACACCCGUGACUUUGAUGGUACUCUUGAAAAGAAAGACUUAGGCGCAAGUAGGACAGUGUUUGAAGUUGAACAGACCAACAACUGGGCACCCUCUUCAAACUGCAGUACGCUUGCAGAGGAAUCUGUUUCAAUACAAAGGGCAGCAAAAGCAGCGGUUGCAGAGUGUAGAACAGAUGGAUGGCUCCAAUUCGAUGAAGGAGAGUUACAACAUAGAAGAAACUUAAUGGAGAGGAAUGCCACGUGGCAUAUGAUGCAGUUAUCUUGUCCUCCCCCUCCUACAGUUUCACCCCACCUCAUAAACGCUCCUCCUACCAUCCCUACUGCUAGCAUGGCCACCACACCCACAGUAGCAAGAGUUAUGGACCCAAAGCUCAUUAAGACUCACGAUCUCAGCUUCUUUAUUUCACCUAACAGAGAAAACCGUCUUAUCCACUUAAGCAGUAUCAACACCUACACCCCGGAUGAUAAUUCUGUGGAUUCUCAAACCCUUCAACUUUUCCCAAUAAGGAACGCUGAUGAAGCCAGUGAUAACAUUGACCACCAAAAGGAGACAGAGGUAUCAGUCUCAGCAAUGAAUGCCCCCAGCCAGUUUUUUGAGUUCCUUCCAUUGAAGAGCUGA